ACUGUUUAUUCGCUCUUCCGAGGCGUUUGUACUUCAAUAGUAUAUAAUUUUAAAUGAAAUUGUUGAAGCAAAAACGAAUUGUUAAAGCAAAAACGAAAUGUGUAUUUCUUAAUGACCGAUGUAAAUAUCUAAGCUAAAUAGUUAAUCUUUACAUUACACCGGAUAAUGUUUUUAAUUAAUUGAUUGUUUUAACUGAUACUCUUAAAACGCAGGUUCCCGGCAGGCAAUAUUUACAAAUAUGCCGGAAGAGAAAGCAAAAAAGAAUGACAGACAUGUAACAAAAACAGAACAAGUCAUGGACACGGGAUAUGCGUGGAUAGUAUUGUUAGGAAGUGUUAUCAUUAACCUGCUUGGGGUUGGCUCUUUGAAAUCAUUUGGUGUGUUGUACACAGAGAUGUUGGAUCAUUUCUCGGCCGGAUCUGGAAAUACAGCUUGGAUAGGCAGCAUAACCUGGUUUCUUUUACAUGUCCUUGCACCAUUGGCAAAUUGUUUAUGCAGAAGAUACACUUUCCGAUUGGUUUCGCUUGUUGGUGGUAUAAUGGUCGGAUGUGGCUAUUUCUUGUCCGGAUUUGUAACUCGAAUUGAGCUUAUGUACUUAACCUUUACGAUAAUUGGUAUCGGAUAUAGUUUGUCAUACGUCUCUUCUGUCAUUAUUAUCAGCUUUUAUUUCAAACAAAGACGGACUUUAGCAAAUGGCGUUAUGGUAUCAGCCGGAGGAGUAUCUGCUCUUACGUUCCCAUCCCUUUACAGGUUUUUAAUUGACAAAUAUGGUCUAUCACAGGCAUUUUGGGUGAUAGGUGCAUUUGUUUCAAACAUUUGUGUGGCAAGCUGUUUAUUCCGGGAGCCAAACAAACCACCCCAAAGCAACAAUGCAGAGGCAAGAAUAGAAGAAAGCAUUUCAGAUGAAAAUCAGAAAAAAUGUUGCAAUGCACUUAAGUUAAAGUUUAAUUUGUUAAAGAACAGUCGUUUCACACUGUUAGUUAUGGCUUUCACUAUCUGUUCAUUUGGCCACAUUACCAAUUACAUUUUAAUUCCUGCCCAUAUCAAAACACUUGGGUAUAGUAACACUUACAUUACAAUAGGUGUAUCUAUAAUUGGUGGUGGAGAAUUGAUCGGAAGAAUCGCUGUAGGAUGGUUUGCAGAUCUGAAUAUUAUUCAAAAGAAAUAUAUAUUCGUAGUUUGCAUGUUUAUUGGAGGAGUGUUUGCUUUGAUAUCACCACUGUUCGGUACUUUUACGUUUAUGGCAGUAUACGCCGGAGUUGUGGCAGCGUUUCCAGCUUCUUUUCUUGCCCUUAUAUCAGUGUUAGCGAUUGAAAGAGUGGGCAUGGAAAAUUUUCCAGCAGCCUUCUCCAUCAUAUUUGUUUUUAUGUCAAUUUCUUCUUUGGUAUCCCAGCCUAUAGCCGGUUGGAUGGCUGAUUAUUACGGAAGCUGGUAUCCUGCAUUUAUCUUAACCGGUAUUACUCUAAUUUGUUCUGGUGUUAUUCUGUUACUAGAACCAGUUGUCAUUCGAUAUGGCAUGGGCAAGACUUAUCCAUUAGAAAAUGUUGAUAAUGAAUUGGCAUCUCGAGUAAACGAAGCUUAUGUACACGACAGAAAAGAAGGUAAUCUGAAUAAAACUGAUAAAGUGGAUGAAACACACUUACCUAAAUAGGAAAUGUGAA